GGCUCCAUGCUUGUGAGAUGAAACUAGGAGGUGUGGUAUGAUGGUGGCGGAGCUUGUGCUGGCCGCUCUGGUCAUCCUGGUCGCCUCGCUCCUAGCCCUGGUGCUGAGCCACUUCCUGCCCGUGCUCCUGAAUCCCAAGGCCCCCAGGGGCAGCUUCGGAUGGCCGCUCCUCGGUGAGACCCUGAGGUUCCUCAGCCCUCAUGCUUCCAACAUGCUGGGCAGCUUCUUGGAGGAUCGCUGCUCCAGGUAUGGGAGGGUGUUCAAGUCCCACCUGUUCUGCACCCCCACGGUGGUGUCCUGCGAUCAGGACCUGAACCACUUCAUCCUGCAGAACGAGGAGCGGCUGUUCCAGUGCAGCUACCCCAGGUCCAUCCAUGGCAUCCUGGGCAAGUCCUCCAUGCUGGUGGUCCUCGGCGAGGACCACAAGCGGCUCAGGAACCUGUCCCUCGCCCUCGUCACCUCCACCAAGCUCAAGUCCAGCUACCUCGGCGACGUUGAGAAGAUCGCGCUGCACGUCGUCGGCGCAUGGCGCCACGGCAAGAGCAAUGACGACGGGAGCGGCGCCAGGGUCAAGGUAGUCGCCUUCUGUGAGGAGGCAAGAAAGUUUGCAUUCAGUGUGAUAGUGAAGCAGGUGCUGGGGCUGUCAACAGAGGAGCCGGUCACUGCCAGUAUACUGGAGGACUUCCUUGCCUUCAUGAAGGGGCUCAUCUCCUUCCCUCUCUACAUCCCAGGGACCUCAUACGCCAAGGCUGUCCAGGCCAGAGAGAGGAUAUCAAACACUGUGAAGGGCAUCAUUGAGGAGAGGAGGAGUGCUGGCUCAUGCAAGAAGGGUGAUUUCCUUGAUGUGCUCCUGGCAAGCAAUGAGCUCUCUGAUGAGGAGAAAGUGAGCUUUGUGCUGGACUCCCUGCUCGGAGGAUACGAGACCACCUCGCUCUUGAUCUCCAUGGUUGUGUAUUUCCUUGGGCAGUCAGCUAAAGAUCUGGACCUGGUGAAGAGGGAGCACGACAUCAUAAGAUCCAGCAAAGGGAAGGAGGAAUGCUUGACUUCUGACGACUACAAGAAGAUGGAAUAUACCCAACAGGUUAUCAACGAGGCGCUGAGAUGCGGCAACAUUGUCAAGUUUGUCCACAGGAAGGCUCUCAAAGAUGUCAGAUACAAAGAGUAUCUGAUUCCAUCUGGUUGGAAGGUCCUACCUGUUUUUAGUGCUGUUCAUUUGAACCCCUCGCUUCAUGGAAAUGCCCAACAAUUUCAGCCUUGUAGAUGGGAGGGCUCAAGCCAAGGGACAAGCAAGAAGUUUACGCCGUUCGGCGGUGGCCCUCGUCUCUGCCCUGGAUCAGAGCUUGCCAAAGUAGAGGCUGCUUUCUUCCUCCAUCACCUUGUGCUCAAUUAUAGAUGGAGAAUCGAUGGCGAUGACAUUCCGAUGGCAUACCCGUAUGUGGAGUUCCAGAGAGGUCUGCCAAUAGAAAUCGAGCCACUCUGCCCUGAAUCUUGACUGUUCUGAAGUUCCAGUCAUGGUGAGUUCAUCAGUUAGAGCCCAAGAGAGGGGAAGGUGCACGGGGCAUCCGUGAAUAGUCAGUCAGCGAGAAAUUUCAUGGCGUGAGGAAACACUGAGCACUCGCUAGUAGCUAGCACGAGGCAACUGAGACUGUAAUUUGCUGUACAUGGUGUAGAUAUAUUUUGUCCAUGGCGAUUGCUUGAGGUGGUUGGUUCACUUCACCCUGUAACAUUCUCCACUGGUCCAACUACUAUUCUAUACGAAAACUGGGCUCCUGGGAUUCAGAA